UGGUGGUGGUGACGAUGGGGUGUAGGGUUUACUUUCCUCGAAGGUGAGAGAGUCUGUUAACUGCUGCCGGUGGAUUAUCGGGUUCAAACAGCCACUCCCUGGAGGAUUAAACGUACACGGUGCACACGGGCCGCACGGGGGACCAGGACUCCACAGCUUCAUGACUUCAGCAGAUUCAUAAGAUGUGGCCAAAGAUGCGGGGCCACGAUUUAUCUGCAGAAUCUCUUACCCACACAGAACAUAAAGACCCACAGAGCACGAGACUGAAACCCAGGACCUAAUCUGUUAAGGGAUUUGACCAUUUUGGCGUCUGUUUUUUGCUUUUUCUUCAACGAGUCUAUGUAUGGAUUUUAAUGAGGACCAAGGGAAACGUGUACACGGAGCCUCAUAGUCCAGAGAUCUUCACCCCUCCGGCAGCAGCAUGGAUCUGCCCCAGGACCAGCGUUCGGACUGGGGCUCAGUCCAUCCCAGUGUCUCUUCCCUGCUGCAGCAUGACGGCUCUCAGCAAAGCAUCAAUCACACCUACAACCUGCACGGCUCUCUCAUGCUGCCCCCUACCUUCAGCACCCCAAUGGCGCCCCUCCAUCAACCUCUGCCCUCUCUGCUCCCCUCCUCCUUCAUUCCAUACUCCGCCCUCAUCCCCUCCCCUCUCCUCUCCACCAUCUCCCCCCUGUCCUUUCGACAAACGUCCUCUUCUGUCGACCAACCCUCCUCGUCCUCCUCUCUUUUGUCCGCGUCCACCUUUUCCUCUAAUGACUUGGCGAACCUGGAGAGCAUGUUGCUCUGGACGCUCCACGAGCCCAGCACCAUCGCUCUGACCAUCAUGUACUGCCUCUCCUUCAUUUUGGGAUUCAUCGGGAAUUUAAUGUCCUUGCGCGUCCUCACCAACAGGCACAACCGACGGCUAGCCAGCGUCAGUGCCACGCGCAGUCUGCUGGUCAACCUGGCGGUGUGCGACCUGGCCGUGGUGUGCGUGUGCAUGCCCAUCACGCUCGGGAGCCAGAUCUACACGGCCUGGGUGUAUGGCGACCUCCUCUGUCGAGCUGUGCCCUUUACGCAAGCCGUCUCAGUGUCAGCCAGCGUGCUAACGCUGACGGUGAUCAGUGUGAACCGCUACUACAGCGUCCAGUCACCGCUGCGAGCUCGCUCCAUGUUCACCCGCCGCCGAAUCCUGGCAACCGUCGCCGUGGUGUGGGUGGUGUCCUCGAUCAUGUGCGCUCCCAUUGCGGUGAUGAACCGGCGGCGGGAGAUCAGCUUCGGGACGUUCGCCAUCUUGGUCUGUCAGGAGGAGUGGCCUCAGCAUCGCCUUAAACAAGGAUACAAUGUGCUACUGUUCAUGAUGCUCUACUGCUUGCCAGUGACCUUUAACCUCAGCAUAGGCUUCCUGACCGGGAGGCGGCUUUGGGGAGGAAAGAAAUCCACCUUCGGGGAUCUCGAUCCUCGCAGCCAAGCUCUGCACACCUCGCGCCUCAAGACUCGGCAGAAGAUCGCCAAGAUGGUGGUGUGCCUGGUGCUGCUGUUCGCCAUCUCCUGGCUGCCGCUGUACUUGGCCGACCUUUGGAUCGACUGCGAGCAGAGGCCGCCCUCUUGGCUGCUGCAGACGCGGCCGUUCGCCCAGUGGCUGGGCCUGACAAACUCCAGCCUUAACCCCAUCUGUUACUGUUUCAUUGGAGAUCUGUAUCGCUCAGCGAGGGUCAUACGGACGCGAUACUACCAGAAGGUCGCCGCUAUCUUUGGCUCCUCCUCAUUCUCCACCACUGCUGCAGUGGUGUCCUCUGCCGCAGUGAUUAAAGACACCAAAGUGACUGCCGCUGAGCACCGCCAUAUUUCUGCUGCUGCUGUUGCAGCGUCUGCAUCAAUGGUGACAAUCCCCAGGCUGUUGAGCUUGGCUCGAGGCCAGGGGCUGGGGCAGAGGGUCAGAGACAGUUCAGACAGCCGAGCAGGAUCCGACCACAGCAUCUCGGACUGGUGUCGAUCCAGUCCCAGUCUGUGGGACAGCUCCUUGUUCCCCUGCCAGCUCCACACGCUCCAGCACUCCAUACAAAGGGCAGAGUUCCUGCCCACAAGAAGACACUCAGUGAAUGAGAACGCAGGAUCAUUAACUUUACAAAUCGAGUCGUUGGAAAUAGAUGUGCUGCCUCUGAGGAGUCAUUCCGGAGACAGAAUACAUUGUCUGACGGCUGAUAAGAGAGACACCAUCACCAUGGGAAGAGACGCUCUCUGUUUUACUGGGCAGUACAAAAGAAAACCAUCAGAGACCUACUCUCUGGUAGGAGACAAUGAGGAUGAAAUAACCGAUAUGACCAGCCUGUGAAAGCUGCGGAUUAUCGGAUGCAUCAGGGAGGAAGGAAGGAAUUUGUCCUUCUCUUUUGGUCCGGCAGGCAGCAAAAACACACACAGCUCCACAGAUUCACAGUUUGCCGUUGACGUGUAGGUCAGUCUCUUGCGAAAAGCCAUUGUUUGACUUGAGGAUGAACUGACGUGGCGGACUCUCUCCCUCUUUCUGCGUAGUCGCUCUUCGUAUCACCUAAAGCACAGGGGACCCAGCACCAGUGUUUGCACUGAUGAGGCCUUUGAAGGCCGGUAGAGGCAGCGGAGAUGGAGUGAGCGCUGCAGGGGAAGGGUUGCAGUGCUAUUUAGCCCUGGGCUACAACGCACCAGUAAGAAGGAUGGAUUGCAGCAAUGCACUAUUAUAGUUGAGUCAUAUCACGAGCGAUGAAGCUGCUACGUCACAUUUGCUUCAGAACAAUUACCCAGCGGGAUGUAAAAGUGUGAUUGUCAUUGGUUGUAUUUGCUCCGGAAAGGAAAUGUAAAGCUCUUUGUCACAAUGCGAUGUGCCCGUUGUUCACGUGUGCAGUCAUACAGAUGAUAUGUGGGGGAAUAAGAAAAACACAGUGUGUGAGGCAGAAAAUGAAAAACCUCAGAGCACAGUGACCAGUUUUGAUUUUCACAUAAUAUCCUUGUGAUAUUGCAACUUUUCAGGUUGGUGUGAUUUUCUGAAUGCCUCCAAGAGAAGCAGGAUUACCUCGAUCAAAGGAAGUGUUAAGAAUCAAAAAAAUUAAAGAAAUAAAGACCCUGGUUUUCUCAUGUUUUUUAAUCAGGCGUGAAGAUUA